CCGCUCCCUGGCGCCUCCUAGCUUCUCACCCCCGGCUCGGCGCUGUGGUAGAGCCAGUGGACGUCAUCCAUUGUUUACAAAUCAACCCGAGCCGGCAGGAUUCCGGCUCCCCGGCUGCAGGCGCGCGGCGCGACAGCCCGGCCGACCCCGGGUUCCGCAUCCCCCCGGCCCUGGCCCCGGCCCCGGCCUUAGCUUCAGCCUCCGCCCCGCGACCUCUUGUGCCGCGGCCCACCGAACCCGCGGGCAGCCGAGCCGCCAGCGACGCCCGCAGAGCUUAGUGUGCUCGGGAGGGGAACCAUGCCGUGCCGGAGGGAGGAGGAAGAGGAAGCCGGCGAGGAAGCGGAGGGGGAGGAGGAGGAGGACGACGACGACAGCUUCCUCCUGCUGGAGCAGUCGGUGACGCUGGGCGGCUCGGGCGAGGUGGACCGACUGGUGGCCCAGAUCGGCCAGACGCUGCAGCUGGACGCGGCGCACGACAGUCCGGCCUCCCCGUGCGUGCCCCCGGGGCCGCCGCUGCAGCCCCCAGUGGCGCUGCCGGCAGACAAGGCCCGGCCCCGGGCCGUUCCGCUGCUGCUGCGACCCGCGUCGUCCGAGGCUGUGGGGCCGGCGCCCUCAGGAGCUCUACGCUGCGCCCUCGGGGACCGCGGUCGCGUGCGGGGUCGCGCUGCGCCCUAUUGCGUGGCGGAGCUCUCCUCAGGCCCAAGCGCACUGCCCGGGCCGUGCCGGCGAGGAUGGCUCCGGGGCGCCGGCGCUUCCCGGCGACUGCAACAGCGACGAUGGACCCAAGCCGGGGCACGCACGGGCGAUGACGACCCCCAUCGUCUCCUGCAGCAGCUCGUGCUCUCGGGAAACCUCAUCAAGGAGGCGGUCAGGAGGCUCCAGCGAGCCGUCGCCGCGGUUGCGGCCACCAGCCCCACGGGUGCCUCUGGGCCCGGGGGCGGACGCAGCGGACCGGACCCGGUCGCCUUGCAGACCUCGAGCGCCUUGCUCUGACCCUGGCCGCUUGGAGGAGGAAGAGGACGCUGCUGCGUACAACUCACAGUGUCCUGUCCCCAUCAAUCUUCAUCUGAAGUCUCGGCUUCUAUUCCUGGGAGCGACAGCAUAGGCUGCAGGGAGUCACUUGGAGAGAUCUCAAACAGAGAAGUUAACCCUAAGCCCGGGCAAUGCUGUCCGAGAACUUAAAGCAUGGUGAAAUACACGGACCAAGGCACGUCCGUAUCGCGUUCGAAUUUCCCCGACCACCCGGGGCCAAGGACCUGGGAUAGACUGGGGGACCUAUGGCAGCUACUUGCAUCCACUUGUAACUGACCUAGCCCUUGUGGGCAUCGUGUGCUUGGAUUGUUUAAAGAUAGGGCUGGAAGGGCGGGAAUCGCGAGGGCUUUCUAACAAUACUUGAAAACUAGUGAUACAGAUACCUUUUCUCGUUAUUUGCCGGUGGAGGAGCUUACUGAAAAUGGUGCUAUAUUUGUUGUGCAGAGAAAUUCUGGGUUGAAGAAGAAUGUAAAAUCUUGGCAUGGGAUGGGUUGGCAUCGCCUCUCUUCCUCCACUUAAUCGGUUGGAGGAGGUGGGAGAUGGGAACUCCAUUUAGAGAAUGGGAAGGAGGUGGAUAAUUUUGAAGGUUGGAUAAUUUUUUGGUUGUGAACUUUUAAAUAACUUGACCUUGCCACCCGUGUUUGAAGGUCACAUUUGUGCUGUAAAGUGAGAGGCAGUGGGGUUCCUGCAAGAGCUAACUCACCCCUGGUGUCUUUUUCUCUCCAAGAAGAGCUGUCUUGCUUUGCCACCGCUUGGAGUCUCCCGAGGACACACAGGCAGGGUGGGAACUGUGAGGAGAGUUGGUUGCUUUUUCUGUGCUUUCCUCUUUCCAGAACUCCUCCUCUUGCAAGGCUACUCUUGGCCACACCACCAGCUUUCUCAGAAACGGUCAUAAACAAUCUCCUGUCCUCCCAGCCGACCUUUCUUACUCUGCCCUUUCUUUGGGGUUGGAAUGAAGGCCCUGGACGCCUUUCUGCUCUGUUCUGGCGCUCUGGAGUGGUGGGCCGGAGCCUCUGUGUUUCCUCAUGCACAGUUAUUUUCCUCCUGCCUGCCAGCUCUUUGUGAGUGACUGAAACUUUUUAAAAUGUGACUCUCCUCUAGGAGAAACCGCUGGCUUUACCCUUGUGAAACUUGACGGUGCUUUAGUAAGGCACCAUCCCUGAACUUUAAGGUAGCUAAACCAGUUUUUUAAAGAUUCAAUGGCUUGUUCAUCCUCCAGAUGUAGCUAUUGACCGUACACUUCGCAACGGAGUGUCUGAACUUGUGGUGGUCCUGAUUUAUAGGAUUUCUUAAUUAAAAUGUCUGCUGAAUAAAUCUGAUUUUUGUUUUGGA